AUGGGUGGCACGAACAGCAAGAAGGGUGCUGGGAAGACGGCCAGUGAGGACCAUGUCAAGGAGCACAUCACGGGCUCCCGGGGCGUCACCCCAGUAGGCAUGCACCGGAACCGAUCAGAGCACCGAGGCGCUGGGCACCGCAACGAGAGCGCGACGCUGGUGCACUCGGUGCACGGCAGGCGCCGCAGGAGCACCACCGACCGGCCGCCCAGGGACGGCGGCGCGCCCGCCGACGAGCGCUCGCGCGGCGAGGGCGAGCGGGGGCCUGCUGGCGCGACCUCGCACGGCGCCGCGCACGGCGGCGGCGGUGGCCCUGGAGGACGGAACUGUCACGGCGACUUCCACGAGCGUUCUGGCCACGGCCACCACCGCAUUCGCCUCGAGCACGUCCUCCUCGUUCACGAGCACGUCAUCCGACAUCGUGGUGUCUCCAUUGGACGAUGA